GAUAAUUAUUGUCCCACACGCUGUCGUCUGCGCUCUUUCAUAGGCAGACGACACUUUGUGAUUGGAAGAGAGGCCGUCAGAGAGCGUGCAGCGCGUGGUCAUCUACUCUUCAGGAUUGUAGAACCAUUUCCUCAACCAAACGGUAUUCUCGUCUGUCAUGUCGUCUGCUCAUGUUCUUUUGUUGGUCCUUCUAGCGGUAUUACACGUGAUUGCCCAGACUGAAAAUGGUGACGAAUCCAAGCAAGAUUUAGCUUCAGUUCAGGGGACGGAACAUUCCAACGGAGACAAACAGGACGCAGAGACGGCGUCAUAUGACAAACUAUCAGAUGAAACCAGACUGCGAGAAGUCAUUGACAAAUUUGUUAAAGGAUGGGAUUUUCACCAUAAUACUGGCACCACAAAAACCAGGCCCACGCGUUCCAAAAGAUGGGCAGAGUCGGAGAAGAGGCCUAGUUAUUACUACGGCUCCUACACGCCCACCAGAUACGACAACCAGAGAUGGCGGUAUCCCAGCAACUUGAUGGCAAUACUUCGUGGUGCCAAGCGAAGUUGGUCGGAUGAGCCCACGCCUAGUAAUGAUCGCUGGGCGUAUCCAAGCAACCUGAUGGCGUUGCUAAGAGGGAAGAAGAGCGCAAUGUACGAACCAGAAGAAACAGAUGAAGUUGAAGAAGAGGCUGUGCAGAACGUGAUGGAUCGUCUUGCGGAUGGAUGGCAGUACUUUGUUGAGAACUACGCCCCGGAAGGAAGUUCAAAAAGAUCACCGGAUUAUGUCUAUGAUCAGAGAAGCGGGAACUCUAAAUCAAGAAACUUCAGGCCGUUUGGUGCUCGUCAGUUCUUGGUGUUGAACGGAGGGAGGUACAUCAUUGGGUGAAGGUCUCGGAACUAUCACCCACUGAAGUACAAUCUGCUGUAACAUUCCCAGAACAUUUGAAUGCAGCUCAAACAAACACGAAGGUUGUGUAAGCUAACACAGUAGUGUGGAAUACAAUGCACAAUAUUUCAGCACUGGGGACAUUGUAACGAAAGUCAACUUGUAUCUGAGUGAACUCUCAACGUUUAUAAAUGGAUUUGGCGAAGGAAAUAUUCAAAAUUCUUUCUCAUGAGCAAAUAUGGUCCAUCGGUGUGUUCUGCUUCAUCUCUUUGAUGACGUCAUCUUAUUGUUGCUACUUCAACUAUUGGUGCUAUGACGAGGCUCAUUUUUGUGACUAUGGUUUUUUUAGUUUCUCUUGGAUUUUGCUUAAGUAGCUCUCACUUGUUAAUACAUCGUCGUUGUUGCUAUCCAUAUCAUUAUUAAAGUGUAACUUUCA